CUUAAACAAUGUCUUGCUUCUGUCGAUAGUUUAUCUUCAUUCGUAGUGCACACACCAAAAGGUACAUAUGUCGUUCUUUAAAGGAACUGUAGUUGCUGUUUUUGCAGUUAUUGCAUACUUGUUUCUGACCUCCUCACCUGCAAAAGAGCGGAAAAAUGUGAUUGAAGGCAAUCCGGAUUAUGAAUAUGACUAUAUCGUGAUUGGAGCCGGAUCGGCGGGUUCGGUUGUUUCUUCAAGGCUUGCAGAAGAUUCUGAGAAUAAAGUUCUACUCUUGGAGGCCGGUGGGCAUUACGACGAAAUGGAAGAGUUUCAUAUACCUUUGAAAUUCGCGAAAACGUUGCGAACAAAGCACGACUGGGCAUACUUCGUCGAGCCGCAAACAUCAUCAAGCCUUGGAUUGAAUGGUAAAAGAGCAUAUUGGCCACGCGGCAAGGUGUUAGGCGGUACAGGCAUGAUAAAUGCCAUGCAGUAUACCCGUGGAAGUCCAUUUGAUUAUGACGAGUGGGUAGCAGCCGGGUGCACUGGAUGGGGCUACAAAGACGUACUUCCAUACUUUAUGCAAUCAGAGGAUUUGCAAAUUGACAGUUUGAAAAACUCUCCUUAUCACAGUACCGGCGGGCCCAUCGGUAUUUCGGAAGGUUAUGUUACAGAUCUGAGCGAGAAGUUCAUGGAGGCCGGUCAAAGUCUUGGAUAUGAAAUAACCGACUACAACGGCGAAGAUCAGCGUGGGUUUAGUACGGUGCAAAAGUUCAUAAGAAAUGGAGUUCGAAGUAGCACUGGUUUGGAUUACGUCGGAAAAGAGAAGAAAAAUAAUCUCCACGUUUCAUUGCACAGUUUUGUCACGAAGAUUGAUAUCCAAGAGAAAGCUGCAAAGGGCGUCUACUUUAUUAAAAAUGGUCGCAAACUCUAUGCAAAAGCCAGAAAAGAGAUCGUAUUAUCAGCCGGAGCACUGAGCUCACCCAAAAUUCUGAUGUUGUCUGGCGUUGGACCAAAGGAACAAAUAAAGAGCUUUAAUAUACCCAUUCAAGCAGAUUUGCCUGUGGGGCAAAACUUACAAGACCAUCAAGUAGUUUUCCUUUUAACUAACAUUAACAGACCGCUAUCCAUUACUCAAAGUGUUGAGGACAGUAUAUGGAACAAAUUAAACUAUGCAAUUCGGGGUCAGGGUCCCUUUGCAACGCCCGGAUUGGACACAUCAGCGUUCAUACACAUCGACAGAUCAAUGGAAGGUCGCACGCACCCGGAUAUACAAAUAAUAUUCUGGGCAAAACUCCUUCGGGACAAUAUCGUCAAUUACAACGACAAAGUUGCCAAGGAAUUUUUCGAACAUGACCCGAAUCAGCAUGGGUUCACAACGGUCAUGUGCACGGCUCGACCAUUUAGUAAAGGAGUAAUUAAACUAAAGAGUGCCGACCCUUUUGAUGACCCACUUAUAGAUUCUCAAUACUACACGGACAAACGGGAUAUAGACGCGAUGAUAGGAGGAAUAAGGGUUUGGGAAAAGCUCAUGGAAACCCCGGUGAUGACACAAUUAGGUGCGAGUGUCAAUCGGAUGAAACUGUCCAUUUGCUCACAUCUAGAGUUUCAGUCCGAUGCGUAUUGGGAAUGCUUUAUCCGUCAUUUGUCAGUUACUGAAUAUCACCACAGCGGAACAUGCAAGAUGGGUCCAGCUAAAGAUUCACGUUCAGUCGUUGAUCCACAGUUAAGGGUUAUCGGAAUUAAAAAUCUUCGGGUGGUCGAUGCUUCAGUGUUUCCAAAUAUAACAUCUGGAAAUAUAAAUGCGCCAACAAUUAUGAUAGCAGAGAAGGCUGCUGAUUUAAUUCGAGGAAAAGACACUGUUUCACACUUAAGACGAAAGUUGUAAAUGCCAUUGGUCAAUGAAUUGAUUAUCUUUCUUUCUUGUGACCCCGUUUAAUUCCAUGCAAUGUCAUUGAUAUAUUAUAUUACGCUUAUAAUAUGAAUACGAAAUAACGAAUUGAUCAAAAGAAAAGUGAUGAUUUCUAUGUUCUGUUGGUUUGACGCUUAAUUAUGUACACGUUUCGCCCAUAUAAACAGACGAAAGAAUGUUUGAAUAUUUGUUUGCAGUCGUGUGUCAUUUACAAUACACUCCUGUUUAAACUUGCAAAAGUAACUAGGUUACAUGCAUAACUAGUGCAACUACCGAUACGAGGCAAAUGGUCUAUAUUUGAGUUAAGGCACUACCACAGAUAUAAAAGCGAAAAGUUUUUUUUUUCAUUUAUUGGUUAAAAUAUUUACAUCUGUAACUCGUAUUAACAAGUUAAGACAUUAAAAUAAAAUUUCAUUUGAAUACAUUGGGAAAAUGUUAUACAAUACAUGUACAUUGAUUUCGAUUUUUUUCGAAACCGCCACUUUCAUAAUUAAAAAGAGAAAAUCAUUAACGUAUUAAAUAUAUUUAAAAACAAAAUUAUUUGCAGUAAAAUUUGAAUUUGCAAUUUCUAAUUAAUUAACCAAAAUACUCCAUUGCAAACACUUUAGAUGAAGUAAAGAUUGCAAAUUUCCAUUUUACAUUUGAAAUGCAUAAUAUGUGUAUAAGAAAUUUAUUCAUAAACGUAUAGAAAUGUUCUUCAUUUCAGGAUUCGUACUACGCGGUUACCUUAAACCAUGCCACACAUCUGAGUUGAGUUCAAGGGUAUAUGUUUAUCUUUAUGUUAUGAUGAUAAAACAUGCGGUGUGUAGUAUAUAUAGUUUGCUUUCAAGGUGACAUUCAGUAUAUUGUUUGUCUGUCAUUCAUUUUUUUUUCAUGUGUUUGGAGUUGGCUGUAUAUGUUUUAACAUUCAACAUGUAUUGAUAGAUACAUAAUUUUGUAAAUAUAAACUCAUUAAAAUAGCUA